AUGUUCGGUGAGACAAGAGUUUGGAGUAAAGUCGGAUUUGCGGAUGCAGCAGAUGAAAGGUACCUCGAUUACUACAGGACGCAAAAUUCUGGUCCCGAAGCGCAUCCAACCAAGCGUUCCAGCUUGUCACUUACCACGUCCAAUCCCGAGAUAUCGCAGUUUGCUACAGGCAGACCAGGAGUUAAAAAGGACUGGCUGCCGAUGGGAUGCAAACUUUUGACCAAGCUUUGCCCAGGAUAUGCGGUAUCUUGGAAGGGAGCUACCACCGGAGCCUCAACUUCAGGCCUGAACAGCCCACGGACGCUCACAGCUUGUGCUGAGAAGCUGGAGAUAUCAUAA